AUGCCGCAGACCACCUCCCCUAGCCAAGAUGUCACCAUCGGUAUCCUCGGUACGCAGAAUCGUUCGUUGAGCGCGAAGCGAAAUUGUACUUACCCCGCGUCCCAACCCAUAGCUCUGCAGGGCGCCUUUGCCGAGCAUCAGGUGAUGCUGCAGAAGCUUUCGCUCAAGAAACGAGUCGUCAUCGUCCUCAUUCGCCAGCCAGAGGAUCUCGACAAGUGCGAUGCGCUCAUCAUACCUGGUGGAGAGUCGACGACCAUUGCCCUCCUCGCGCGCCUAGCGGGGCUCCUCGAGCCCAUACGCGAGUUCCUCAAGACGAAGCCUGUCUGGGGUACAUGUGCGGGCGCGAUCCUUCUGGCUCAGUGGGUCGAGAAUGCAAAGAAGGGCGGGCAGGAGUUAUUAGGCGGUAUUUCUGUCACCGUCGAGCGCAAUGGCUUUGGGUCUCAAGUUGAGUCGUUCGAGGCGCCUCUGGAGGUGGAGGGUCUCCGCGAGUCCAACCGCCCCUUCCACGGCAUCUUCAUCCGUGCACCCGUCGUCGUGAACCUGAAGCCCUCGCCAACAGACCCCCCAAUCCAGAUCAUCUCUCGCAUAUCCGCUUCCCUCCUACCCGCGAGUCAGACAGUCAUUCCCCCUGACGAGGACGACACAGACCCUCGAGACCCACGUACGAUCGUCGCGCUUCGGCAAGGCCUGCACCUUCUCACCACCUUCCACCCCGAGCUCACUAAGGACGAUCGCUUCCACGAGUACUUCGUACGGGAGUGCGUUCUGCCAACGCUCGGCUCGCGCUCGUCUUCCCCGGCUUGA